AUGGAGGUCGAGGACAACUCUGCGGUUACAAAUCCUAGUGAGACUCAUUUAAAUCAAGAUCGAACACCUCCACCGAAUAACAGUACCAAUGGCUUUGUAAACUAUUUAGUAGCUUCAUUGCCACCAGGUGUUUGCUUUCAGCCUUCUGAUCAAGAGCUUGCUGGUUUUUAUCUGAAGAGGAAGCUCAAUAAGAAACCCUUGCCACCCAACCAGAUUCAGGAGGUUCACGUCUACAAACACAAUCCUCAUACACUUGCAGAAAUCACUGUAAUUGGGUAUAUGCUCGAAGACUCCCAAGUAAUACUCCAAAAUGACCCUAGUCCGAAAGAGAAUGUUGAUGCCUCAGGCGAUCCAAAGGACUAG